GAUGUUGGAGAUUCAAUCCUCAUUAGAAGCACUUUGAGGGUAGGGAUUUCUUACUCUUUCGGUCUUUCCCUCCUAUUCUUAAUGUGUCUAACUCGUAAAUAUCGGAAUAAAAAAAGCGUGAUGGUUGAGUUUCGAUCAGGGUCUUUUUCCUUACCGUAAUUUUUUUUUUUUUUUUAAAAACAAAAAAAAAUAGUGAAGUAGAGUCGUACAAUCGUACUCCCUCUGUUUCUGACCCUAGUAAAAAUCUCUCCAACACCAAAAUUUUUACCAACCUUUCUCUCUCUUCUCAUUCAACCAAUUUCCAUCACAUCGAACGAUCCUUUGAAUUCGAAUCUGUCUCCUCCAAAUUCAUAAAUUGUACAAGAAAUUUCUAAUAAUAAUAAGAAAUCUAGGGUUUUGGAAAACAAAUUGACAAUGCCACAAACUAAUCCAAUUGAAGAAGAAAGCCAUGAUCAACAACCUUUGAAUUCGAAUCUCUCUCCUCCAAAUUCAUUUUCGGGUGUUGUUCUUGGCGGCACUUUCGACCGUUUGCACGAUGGUCACCGUCUUUUUCUCAAGGCUGCAGCUGAUCUUGCUACAGACCGUGUUGUUAUUGGAGUUUGUGAUGGCCCUAUGCUGGCUAAAAAGCAGUAUGCAGAAUUGAUAGAACCUAUCGAGAAAAGGAUGCAGAACGUGCAAGAUUAUAUUAAGUCCAUCAAACCAGAGCUAACUGUUCAAGUCGAACCCAUUGUAGAUCCUUAUGGUCCUUCUAUUACUGAUGAAAAUUUGGAGGCCAUUGUAGUCAGUAAGGAGACGUAUACCGGAGGAUUGUCAGUCAAUCGAAAGAGAGCUGAGAAGGGACUUUCAGAACUAAAGAUUGAAGUUGUUGAUUUAGUAUCUGAUGCAACAAGUGAUGAUAAGCUGAGUUCGACAACCUUAAGAAAGCUUGAGGCAGAGAAGUUAGGAAUUCAGCAAGAAACCUGAAAUUUCUUCUUUUAGAUAUCGAAUCACCAUAGUGAAAGAUAUACUCCAUAUAAUCAUACACACAUCAUAACACGUGUACAAGAAAUUUGCAUACAUAAUAUCUCAGAAUUAACAUUUGUGUGACAA